ACCUCGCUCUCCAGAAACUCUCGGGGCAUUCAAAUCCGGCUUUGCUGUGAAGUCACCUGCUAUCGACCGGAAAGAUGGAUACAGACAAGGUGGAGACGGUGGUGGCCGGCAACUAUGUGGAGAUGGAAACAGAAGGGAAGCCCAAAACCAUGAAGAGCAGGCUUUCCGGCCUCUUCUGGCAUGGUGGUUCCGUCUAUGAUGCAUGGUUCAGCUGUGCUUCCAAUCAGGUGGCACAGGUGCUGCUCACGUUGCCUUACUCUUUCUCUCAACUAGGAAUGGCCUCAGGCAUCGUAUUGCAACUGUUUUAUGGAUUGUUAGGUAGUUGGACAGCAUAUCUUAUCAGCAUCCUUUAUCUGGAGUACAGAACUAGGAAGGAGAGAGAGAAAGUCGACUUCAGGAAUCAUGUCAUUCAGUGGUUUGAAGUUCUUGAUGGGCUCUUGGGGAAGCAGUGGAGAAACUUGGGUCUCGCGUUCAACUGUACUUUCCUUCUGUUUGGAUCAGUAAUCCAACUCAUAGCUUGUGCGAGUAACAUUUACUACAUUAAUGACAAUCUUGACAAGAGGACAUGGACAUACAUUUUUGGAGCAUGCUGCGCUACUACGGUCUUCGUCCCGUCUUUCCACAACUACAGAAUCUGGUCCUUCCUUGGCCUAGUGAUGACUACCUACACGUCUUGGUACCUGACUAUAGCUGCCCUUCUUCACGGACAGGUUGAAGGAGUGGAGCACUCUGGUCCAACAAAGCUGGUUCUCUACUUCACCGGCGCGACCAACAUUCUGUACACAUUCGGAGGCCAUGCCGUUACUGUGGAGAUCAUGCACGCUAUGUGGAAGCCCCAGAAGUUCAAAAGCAUAUAUCUGCUGGCCACUGUGUAUGUGCUGACACUGACGCUGCCAUCUGCAGUGGCUGUGUAUUGGGCAUUUGGGGACAUGCUCCUGAACCACUCCAACGCCUUCGCUUUGCUUCCCAGGACGGGAUUCAGAGAUGCAGCUGUCGUUCUGAUGCUCAUUCAUCAGUUCAUAACGUUCGGGUUCGCAUGCACGCCUCUGUACUUCGUGUGGGAGAAAGUGAUCGGGAUGCACGAGACGAAGAGCAUGUGCAGGCGCGCCCUGGCGAGGCUGCCGGUGGUCGUCCCCAUCUGGUUCCUCGCCAUCAUCUUCCCCUUCUUCGGCCCCAUCAACUCCGCCGUCGGCUCCCUCCUCGUCUCCUUCACCGUCUACAUCAUCCCCGCCGUCGCCCACAUGCUCACCUUCCGGUCCGCCGCCGCCCGCGAGAACGCCGUCGAGAGACCCCCCCGGUUCAUGGGCGGGUGGACGGGCAGCUACCUGCUCAACGCCUUCGUGGUGGGCUGGGUUCUGGUGGUGGGCUUCGGCUUCGGCGGCUGGGCCAGCAUGACCAACUUCGUCCACCAGGUCAACACCUUCGGCCUCUUCACCAAGUGCUACCAGUGCCCUCCACCCAAACAGCAGCAGCAGAGCUUGCUGCCCCCUUCCAAUGCAACAGCCAUGGCGUCGGCGCCUGCCCCUGCUGCCUAUCACAAACACCACCAUUGAAUUUCAACCUUAGCUUUUUCUGUUUUUUUUUUUCUCUCUUUUACACAUCUUCCUCCUUUUUUCUUCUUCAAUUUUGCUUUUCUGUACUGUCACGUCGCUUUUGGUGAUGAAGAUGGUAAUGAUGGAAUUGAUCAUGGAACUGGAAAGAGGGGAAAGAAGAGAAGAGUGGGGAGAGAAAGUAGAGGAAAGGCUUCAGAAUGGGGGGAAGAAGUAUGACAUCACGUGAAUGAUUUCUGCCUGGUGGGGAGUCUAUAAAAAGAAAAGAAAAAUGAAAAGAGCUGUGUGCUGAAGUGAUAGGUCAUGCUCGACUCCACAGCGCUUCUUUUUCUUCCAUGUUCUCGUUUCGCUUUUUCAACUGCCAUUGUUACAGCAGCAAGGCAAUGUUAGGUUUGUUAACUAUA